UGGCCGUGGGACAUCCUUUCCAACGGCGGGCUGGUUCAAGAAAUGGCCCAUAUUGCCAACGGCCGCGACCCGGGAAACUCCGUCUCCUUGCUCCGCGUCAACAGCACAAACUCGAGCCAGAGCAACAUAUUGAUACUCCAAGAGAGCUGUGUGGACCCCACGGCUUCGUACGUCAUCUAUGCCCCUGUCGACAUCACCACCAUGAACGUCGUCCUAGGUGGCGGUGACCCGGAUUAUGUGGCUCCAUGUUAUGCGAUGCUUCAUGAAAUGACCGAAAAUGGCGCAGUGAUUGAUGAUUGUGGUAUUCGUGAAUUCUUUUGUUAUUAA